AUGACAUCUCUCUGUGCCAUUUUACUUGUUACGAAAUCAAGUGGAGGACAUGGUCGCUUUAUUUUCAAUUACCCAAAGGAUCCACAGCGAAAACAUGAAAUAAUAGAUUACACUACCGGGGAUGAAGAAUCUGACACGGAGACGAUAAACGAGAACAUUCCAGGAGAUGAUACCGAUAAGCGAUCUAUACUAUCGCGUAUGGAAUCGGAUGCUGAUGAUUUCGAUCCAAUCCCUUCAAGAAAAAGAGUCGAUGGUGCCUCACGAAAUGACGAUGGGGAUGAGAUUCUACUUGGUUUCAAGAAAUCGUAUUUGGCAGAUUUGUUAUUGCCAAAAUCUGACAGUAUCAAAGACUUUCAACUUACCGUCGACGGAAUGACGUUUUUGGGCCAACCCAUAUCUUUCACCAAAGCCGAACAAAGGUCACGAGAUAUUGACUUGCGGGAAGAUAAAAAAAAAGACGACGACGAAAACGUAAUGGACAGUCAAGAUAUUGACCAACCCGUCGGAACAAAGGUGCCGUCAACAGCGAAACCAGCGAACCGGUUGACCCAUUUUCAUCUGGUCUUUGUUCUGGAACCGCCUGAACUGGAAUUGACUCAGCACGUGGAUAAAAUGUUCAAGCAUGUUAUAGCAAAAAUCACUGCUGCUCUCUACUAUGAACAAGACAGAUGUGAUUAUGUGAGACAACAAGCUGACUUGAUAAUGCAAUUGAAAGAUGCUGCAAGAUUAGAUAAAUCGGCAGACGAGCUUAUGCAAAUAACUUUGAAAAAAAGUACUCUUGCUAGGACGAUAGCUGAUGUUUAUGAUGCAAUAUCCAUGGACUCAACAGCUCACGCCCUUGUUAAUGAUUAUAUUGACAUCACAUUGCAGAUACCAUCGUUUUCACCUGACCAAGACGACAGUAGACAGGAUUUGUAUGAUUAUACACAAUUUCCAGUCAUAACUCCGCACAAGACACUCUUAUUGUUAGAGGAUCCUCAAGAUAUUUUGAAAGCUAUGCCUUUGGACGCAAAUCCCACACUAGUUCAGCUUAUACAAGUUAUUACCCCUACACAAAGACUCGGAGAUCUAAUUAGCUUGCUCGACUGUUCUCUGGCACAGAUUUACAGAAUAGUAGCACAUCUCAUUUAUUGGAGAAAAGCAAAACUGAUUGAUGUUAUUAGCACGAAAAAUAUUUACGUUACCUCUCCAACAGCGGAUCUAAGAUCUCUGAACGCGCUAACUGCUGAUUUCAGUCAACACUGUCCGAAUUUGGACCUAAUCACACUACUGUCCGAGCUAAACACUCCUGCGCCUAGCAAAUUGGAAGACAUCAUUCCCACCACUUUCAAAGAGCAGAAGACGAUUUAUUUUGAUGCUAUUGCUUAUCUCCUGCGUAAGGGUCUUAUCGUACAAUUGCAUGCGUAUAUCCUUGUAAUGGUCCCACCAUAUGUCCAUAUGGGGUGUACGCGCGAAGAAUACGAGAGGAAAUUAAGAGAAGGAAGUUAUGACCACUCUAAGAUUAUAUCAACACCAAUUGCGCCUCCCGAACAAGCUAGCGAUGCAGAGCGUAAUUGGCUUAACAACAUGACUGCCAAAAAGCCUGAAGAGAUAAGAUCUCUUUUUGACAGAUUAACACAAUACUUUAACGGACACCAUUAUCUUGAAGAAAUACUGUUGCGAGAAAACAUAUCUCGGAAAGAUCUACGCUUGGUGACUGAUCAGUUUGAAGCGUUGAACGCCUU